AUGCUGAGGUUCCACUUCACCGCACUCUUUGCUUCCAAAGCCUCGCCUUAUCCUCUCUCUGUUUCCGUUUCUAGAGCAAUUCGCAACCCCACAAGGGUCAGAUCGCAAAUGGCUUCUUUCUCCUCUUCCUCUUCCUCCAAGCUUUUGUUCCGCCAGCUCUUUGAGAAGGAGUCCUCCACCUACACCUACCUUCUCGCUGAUACCUCUCAUCCAGAUAAACCAGCACUCUUGAUUGACCCGGUUGAUAGGACAGUAGAUAGAGACUUGUCGCUUAUUGAGCAACUGGGGUUGAAGCUUGUGUAUGCCAUGAACACACAUGUGCACGCGGAUCAUGUCACUGGGACUGGCCUUAUCAAGAGCAAAGUUCCUGGAGUAAAAUCUGUUAUUUCAAAAGCAAGUGGUGCAACGGCGGACCUUUAUGUGGAGCCAGGUGAUAAGGUCCAUGUUGGUGACCUUUUUCUAGAAGUCCGUGCAACUCCCGGUCAUACCAAAGGUUGUGUUACCUAUGUUACUGGAGAUGCACCUGAUCAACCUCAACCAAGAAUGGCAUUCACUGGAGAUACCCUAUUAAUACGUGGAUGUGGAAGGACAGAUUUUCAGGGUGGGAGUUCAGAGCAGCUUUACAAAUCAAUCCAUACACAGAUUUGUACACUACCCAAGAGUACGUUAAUCUAUCCAGCUCAUGACUACAGAGGAUUCACUGUAAGCACUGUUGGAGAGGAGAUGCAACACAAUCCACGCCUAUCAAAGGAUGAGGAAGCUUUCAAGAACAUCAUGGAAAAUCUUAACCUGCCAUAUCCUAAAAUGAUUGACAUAGCUAUGCCAGCUAAUAUGGUUUGCGGAAUCCAAACCAGUCCAAAACAAGCUGAGUCAUUGUAA